AUGCCAGAUUUGACACAAUCUAAUGGAAAUUUUCCUAAUACAUCAUCGUCGUCGUCGUUGCCUGCCGUUAACAAAAUUAAAACGCACGGAGUUACUGGACCUAUAAGUUUGGCAAAACCAAAACCAGAGGAGUUAAAAUUAACUGAACAACUUGAUAUUUUUUUACAUAACAAUGAUAUGUAUGAAACUCAGGAUGAAAUAAUUAAAAGAAUGGAUGUUUUUAGAAAACUAGUUCAGCUUGUAAAUAUAUGGACAAAAGACAUGGCUGUUGUAAAGAACAUACCAGAGACAUCAAAUUUAGGAGCUAAGGUUUACAAAUUUGGAUCUUACAGAUUGGGAGUUAAUGCUAGAGGAGCAGAUAUGGACAUAUUGUGUGUUGUUCCUCGCCAUAUCAACAGAAAUGAUUUCUUCGACUCGUUCAUAGAUAUUCUGAAAAAGGAGCCAGGCAUAAACGACUUGAGGGACAUCGUGGAUGCAUUUGUGCCCGUCAUUAAGAUGACCUUUGAUGGUAUCGAAAUCGACAUGUUGUUUGCGAGGUUAGCACUAACAGAAAUUAAAGAUACCCAAGACUUGAUGGAUGACAACAUACUAAAGAAUCUAGAUCAAAAAUGCGUCAGGAGCUUAAAUGGUUUUAGAAACACUGUUGAGAUUUUGCACCUGGUUUCGAACAUUAAAAAUUUCAAAAUGACAUUAAGAGCAAUCAAAUUAUGGGCCAAAAAAAGAGGAAUAUAUUCUAAUGUUUUGGGAUUUUUAGGGGGUGUGUCAUGGGCCAUGCUGGUAGCCCGCAUCUGCCAACUUUAUCCAAAUGCAACCCCAUCUGUGCUAGUGCAUAGGUUUUUUUUUGUAUUUUCCCAGUGGAAAUGGCCAUUACCGGUUUUGUUGAAACAACUGAGUGAGUGUAAAAUAUCUGAAACAUUUAGCUUCUGGGAUCCGAGGAAAAAUUCCUCAGAUCGCAAACACCUAAUGCCAAUCAUAACCCCGUGUUUCCCAAGCCAGAACUCCACGUACAAUGUUGGUACAUCAACCAGAGCCAUAAUUAUAAACGAAUUUGUUAGGGGUUUUAAUAUAUCUACAAAGAUAUUGAACAAAAAAGAUGAUUGGGAAAAUCUCUUCAAGCCUUACGAUUUCUUCAAUAUGUACAGAGAUUUCUAUGUUGUAAGGGCCAGCUCAUUCAGUGCUGCCACUCACCUGGAAUGGUAUGGACUGAUCGAAUCGAAACUACGUCUUUUUGUGCAGAAAUUGGAGGCUAAACCAGUAAUAAAACUGGCACACAUCAACACUAAGAGAUAUUCAUCAAAGAGUGAUUCUACUGAACAGCACUGCACACAGUGGUUUAUAGGUCUGACCUUCUCACAGGCUUCCGUAAAAGUCGACAUAACCUACGAAACACUCUACUUCUACGAGCAGAUAAGAUUAGCUCUCGGGCCUAAGCUGAAAGAAGGAAUAAACCUGGACGUGAAGUACCUUAGAAGAAAGGAGUUGAUACAUUAUUUGCCAGACAAUGUUCUACACACAAAAAGUAAAGGAAUCAAGAGAAAACAUACGGAUGAUAUGAAUAUAUCAGAUUCUUUGUCCCAAUCGACAUCCACCACUCCACGUCCAUCACUGAAGAACAACAUUCCAGCCAGCGAGUCGCCACUACCAUUAAGCAACAACGACAUAGGCGCAGCCAGGAUCAGUCCACACAUAACGAACGAGCAAAGGUACAUGCCAGAACCUAAAAGAAUGAGAUUCAGUACUGAUUUCCAUCCAACUGCUGAAAUGAUCCAAAUAUGGAGAUGA